CUUGAUGAGAUAGCUAGCUGGCUAGCUAGCUUCUUUUUCAGAAACCCAUUUAUAUAAAUAUGAGAUGGAUCGAUCACCUGUCAUGCAUCUCUCUCAGAUCACACGCCCAUCCCAUAUGCAGACAUAUAUGUAUCUGCUAGUUACAUUAGUCAGAUGGAUAGAUAGAAUGAUCCAUGACCUCACGCACCUUUACUGGCCCUCUCUGAGUCUCUUUUCCCUCUUAUUAUUAGCUUCUUCUGAGAGUUAGUUAGAUCCACCGCUACUUGGACGACCUCAGCUCAUGGAGGGAAGUAGCAAAGACUUGGAGUACUACAGCUCUGCAACGACGGAUCAUCAGCUGCAGUCGUCGGAGGAUGCUGCUGCUGCUGCUGCUGCCGCCGAUGAUCCUCACGACGGGAGCACCAGCAAUAAUAGCAGCACGGUGGAGCUGGAUGAAGCCGGCGCCGGCGACAGCAGCAGGCGGAAGACCGCCGCCUCGCCAUCGUCGGUGCGCCCCUACGUCCGCUCAAAGAACCCUCGCCUCCGCUGGACGCCGGAGCUGCACCACUGCUUCCUCCGCGCCGUCGACAGGCUCGGCGGCCAACAUCGUGCAACUCCCAAGCUCGUUCUUCAGCUGAUGAACGUUAAAGGGCUCAGCAUAGGCCAUGUCAAGAGCCACCUCCAAAUGUAUAGGAGCAAGAAGAUUGACGACUCGGGACAGGUGAUUUCAUGGAGAGACGAUCAUCAGUCGCAAGAGAGGGGACAAGUGUACAACCACGGCCAUCUUUCCUUGCAUCACGGCCAGACUGGUGCUACCCUAUUGUCAGCAAGGUUUGGUGCAUGGCCUCAUUGGAACAAUUUCCACCAACCAUACUGGCUUCAUGGUCACCAUGUUCUUGGAUCGAAACCCUACUACUACUCAUCAGCAGCUGAAGCCGACCCAUUCCUUGGAACACGAGCUCAGUCUGUUACUGGAGCUUCGAUUCUUCAAGGGUGUUCAUCAUAUCAAAAUGAUCGAUCCACGGACAAUCAAAUACGACUGCUGCGCGAUGAGGAGAACAACAAUGAUCCUCUUGACCUCGAACUCACAUUGGAUAUUGGGCCACGGCGGGAUAAGAGAAUAAAGAGAUCACGUUCUAGCUGGGGCAGAGAAGACGAGGAGAAUGUCGACAGAGAUCAAGAAGUAGAGAGUGCUACUGAUACUGGGCUCUCUCUUUCUUUCUUCUCAUCACCUUAGCUCCUCCAGCGAGGACCAGUAGUGGCAGCAUUGUCCUAGGUGUCAGUAUGGACAAAGGAAAAGCUCAUCCAACAAAGGACAAGUACUCUUGAUCUCACCAUAUGAUCUAGUGCGAUGUAGUGAUAUCUUGUGGUACUUGUCCAUGUAUGUAGAGGAAGACACGUAUGCAUAUAAAUAAUUAAAUAUAUAUCUUAGACAUAUAUUAUACA